AUGACUAUCAUAUCUAAAUCGAAAGCGAUCUUUGUUCGGCUGCUCUUUGGUGCCCACGGGACGUUAGCUGUUAUUGUUUUAGCGACGCUCACUGAGGUGAAAUGGUUCUGGUUUGCCGAAUGCUUAAUUCUGGUAUCCUUAUUGGAGACAUUUGUGACAUUGAAAGUCAACAAACACGCUGAAUGGAAAUGGUUUUUGCCGAGCGUGUUCCUAUACCUCCUGUGGAUCGUUCCGCCCAUCGUCCUGUUGGAAUACUACGCCCUGGACUAUCGCCAGUACAGGCUCGACAUGUCCGACAGCAAAACCUGUUACGUUGACUUUAAUGACAGAUGUGCGAGCCAGCAAAACGUCACCAAUGACGAAACGUCGAAUGGAGUACUAACCCAGAAGACAUACGACGAAGCCCGCCAUUAUAGCCUCAUCUUCCAACAGACGAUGAUGCUCGUUCUUAUCGGAGGACGCUGGCUGGGACCAAAGGGAGCCCUCUCUCGAGAUCAACUGUCUCAACUUCUUCUGGCACUGACCGGCAUGGCGGCAGACAUGUUGGAGUUCGUCACCGAGACGGUCAAGCUAGAAGAAACUGCGUGUAACCAGCUUCUAGUGUACAUCAUUAUGGGUAUCUGGGCGUGGAGUUUGCUCCAAUUCACCCUCGGGUUGACGGCCACGAAGCAGAAAAAAACCCGAGUGGUCAGCUCAGCGAAUAGUUACAACCCGAUCACGAGCAUUGCAGCGUGUUGUGAGACGGAAAUGUGGGCUCUAAUGAUCAGCGUUAUCAUGCAGGACGGGCCCUACCUCACCAUGAGGCUAUACAUCAUGUUCACAGUCAACAAUUUCGGGCAGACGAUGAUCUUCUUUACCGCCAAAAAUGGCAUCCUUUUCCUGCUGCAGGUGUACCGGCUGUACGUUGUUGUAAUAGAGAGGCGGAAAGCGGGAAAGGGUGGUCAUUCUAAGAGAGCUGAUGACACAGAAGGGGUGCGGUUUCAAGUCAAAGAAGCUAGAACACCCACUACACCUAUUGAUAGGCCAUUUCUUUGAACGUUAACGUUAACUAUAGUUAAACCAAUCAAAACGACCGUUAG